AUGAGUGGCUGGGGGGACAAGCCCUUGUGUUUCCUUCUCGUGUGGAUGUCUGUGUAUCUCCAUGUGGCUUCGUCCCAGGAAGCCGGUCCCCACGGGCCCCGCAGGCCCUUCCUUGAGAGGCUUCGCCGGCUGGAAGAACAGUUCCGGAGGCUUCAGGAGGGGACUCUAACGCGCCUGCAGGCCAUCGCCAGCAACUACAACCUGUCCUACAACCUUGAUGUCCGCUUCCAGAGCCUGGAGCAGGACAGCCAGGCCAUGGCCCUCUCCAUGAACCAGUCACAGGCCGCCGUGCAGGCUGACCUGUGUCACCUGAAGACCUGGGUGCGGAAGACUCAGCGCAGGGGCCGAAAAGUGGACGUGAAGCUGCUGGCCCUGGAUCAGGCCCUGAGCGAGGCGAGCCGGCAGCUUGUCCAGCACCGCAAGGAACAGAAGGUCCAGGGCACAGCUGCCUCCUGCCUGGAUGUGCACACCCUGCAGGACACGCUGGCUGACUUGACACAGCUGGUGCACAGCCAGGGUGCCAGGCUGGCUGUCCUCGAGGCACAGCUUGGGGCAGCCAGGCCUGGCCCUGCAGCCCUGGGCCUGCCCCCGUCCCCGCCCCCAGCCCAGACCCAGGCUCAGGGUCUGAGCCCUAGCCCCCUGCAGCUGCAGAGAACUAGGCAAGCUUUGCUGACAUCGCCGCCAGCCAACACGGGCCAUCUCCGGGCCGCCCCCGGGCACCCUCCUCAGCACACACGGCCCACCCAGAGGUUGGAAGAGAUUUGCAGCGUGGGCCCUGCGCUCGUGUUUCCAAACGUCUCCACCGAGAACGCAGUCUUCCUCCUCCCUGGCUUCCGAACGGGCCUGCGGGCCCUAUCCGUCUGCAGCUGGGUCCGCACUGCCCACGGUCGCCUGGGCACCCUGCUCUCCUACGCCACCGAGGAGAAUGACAACAAAUUGGUGCUUCACGGCCGGGACUCGCUGGCCCCCGGCUCUGUCCACUUUGUGAUCGGAGACCCCGCCUUCCGGGAGCUGCCGCUGCAGACGCUGCUGGACGGCCAGUGGCACCACCUGUGUGUGAUCUGGACAGCCGCUCAGGGCCGCCAUUGGCUCUACGUGGACCGCAGGCUGGUGGCCACUGGCUCCCGCUUCAGGGAGGGCUAUGAGAUCCCGCCUGGAGGGUCCCUGGUGCUGGGUCAGGAGCAAGAUAUUGUCGGGGGUGGGUUUGACAGCGCGGAGGCCUUUGUGGGGAGCCUGGCUGGUCUGGCCAUCUGGGGCAGGGUGCUAGCCCCCGGGGAGGUCUCAAGCCUGGCCACCGGGAGGGCGGUCCCCCCAGGUCCCCUCUUGACGCUGGCCAAUGCCACCUCUGUAGGCGGAUUUGUUCAGAGAGUGAACUGCACCUGCCUGCAGUCAUGUCCCUGAGGCCACGUGGUCACCUAUUCACCUAUGGCAGGAGCCGUCCUCUGCCUCGCCCUGCUACUACCCCUGUCCCCUGCGCUUUCUGCAAAGAGCACCCCAUCCUGGCCAUGCGCACCUGCUCUGCAGAGUAGAUUGGCCAGUUUGGAGAACUCCAGAAGCUGCUUGGCCUACACUAGCUGGAUGGGAAAAUACCGCUUUGGGGGACUGUUGUCCCAACAUCUCUCCAAACCUCCAGUCACCCUUUUCCAGGAGCCUGGGGAUUCCCUCGGGAUCAGCCCUGUGUCCCUGAGCUGGCCAUCUGAGGCCACCAACAUCCCUGGAAUAAAGAACACCUUGCCUCGGGUCAACAGGGCAGCCUGGGGCUUUUGACCAAAGAGCCACCUACUUAUAAUCAAAAUGAAGAGAGGAGGGGCACAUCCCUCCGAACAU